CCUUAUGCCUAGCGCCUUUUAGAACCUUGAUCCCGACAUCCAUCAAUUUCACAAUCUCUGCACGGACCACUACCUCCAGGUUAGGAGUCAAGCUCCUCUACGGCUGCCUGACUGGCUUAACCUCAUCGUCCAUCAGAAUUAUGUGGGAGCAGAAGGUUGGGAUAUUGCCUCGGAUAUCAUGACAAAGUAUGGGCUAAAAUAACAUAUUUUCACGCCAAAAACUUGCCUCGCUAAAACACAACACCAAACCACGACCAAGUAUAAUCAUAGAAUGGAACUGCAUUAUAGUUGGUACAUGUUCUUAUUGUCAACUCGGGGCCUAGGUGUACUGUCUACUCUGUGAAUUUAUAUUAUUUAGCUGUGCAAUUCGAGUGAAGAUUCUCAAUAACAGAAACUAAUAGAAAGCAGGAAAUGUUCUAGUUUCAGGUAUGCAAAAGUUCAUCCAUAUAUGGGAAUUUUUGCGUCGUUGCUGCGGAUUCAGAUUCUAGGAAGAAUAAGCACCUUUCUACAAUGCACAACCAGACCUUUGGGAAUUUCUAAAACCACCCUCCCUAUCAAGAAGAUUUCCUUCCACAACCACAGGGGCCAUCUGAGCUAGGGUUAGUCGUGGCAGCCUUUACGAGCCAUUAUGAAGAGCCAUGCUAUAUUCCACAUCCGAAGCCAAAGAGCUAGUUGGAGAUUGUUGGUGAGCAGUUUGCUUGGGAUACCGGAAGAUCAAGCUCCAAGAUGAACCUCUACAUCCGAGCCCUUGCCCCUUCCAACUUCUCUGAUCUCCGCGAAACAGAGGAGACCCUCCAGCACAUGAAGAAGAACAUCGAGGUCAUUGAGCAAGAGUUGCACCACUUGCGCAAGAUCAAAAUUUUCCUACCACACAACAAGAGGGGGAGGUGGAGAAACAAGAAGCUUCAUAUAAAGAGGAAUUGUGGAGCAUAUAGAAGUUGACAGGGAGAACUCCCAUGAUAAUUAUGAUCAGGAAUGUCUAGUUGUGGCAAACAACACCUUUGCCUAUUCCCACUUUGAAGAAAUGGCAUAGAUUAGGAGAUGAAAGUUAAUCUUAUCGAGAGCCUUACAUGGAGACUUGUUCUCCAAUCCUUGCUUGAGAUGAGAAAGACUGGGUGAGAGGAGAAGUUAUGAAGGAGGAAGAAAGAAAUGAAGAGGAAGUUCUUAAUCUUCCACAAGGGGAGAAACAAAUUCUGAAGACGAAAGGGUGGUUGUAGAAGAAAUUGAGGUCCAAGAAGUGGAUGAGGUCAAGGUGGUUGAGGCUUCUAUAAGCCCAGAUUCAUUCUAGAGAUCCCCACUAGACCUUGAUGAGCUACUAGAGAAGGGCCUAUUUGUAGUGUCUCUUUGCCAAACCAAGGCCACACUGACAUCUAUCUCUUUUGGUGGAUGCGAUGGUGGUCAUUUGAUGUUGUCAUAACUAGUUUGGGGCAAUGAGAAGAGAUAAGUAGAGGUCUGAGGAGUGGAGACUACUGACACGCUAAAAGACAACACCUAACAAUGGCCAAGUGUAACCAAUGAAAGGGACUGUAGUAUAGUGGCACAAGUAAUAAAUAUCGAAUCCACGGGUCUCUAGAGUUACUAUUACUCAGCUUCAGUUCAUUAUCUAGCAAACUAGAUUAAGGAUUGAUUUAUAAACUACUCUACUGACUACUCUACUAAUUACAAGUUGUGAACUCACUUAGGUAUGAUUCCCCCUAGCUCCUCAAUUAGGUCCAAGUUGCAAUUACCUUUGGUUGAUCUACUGUUGAUUAAACUGCGGAAGAUCCGACAGUAGCUUGGAAUCUCUUAAGCUGACCAAGCCCUCUCAGUCCAACUACCCGGCAGGCGACUAACCUUCACCGGGAUAGAAAGCUGAGGCUAUGAACACAGAACUCCACUACCGGAAUUGGAUUCCAGUACAAAGCAGUAGAUUGACUAACUCUCGUAUAACCAAUUCACCACCAUCAAUCAAGGAAGCUAUCUUAACCUAAUCAGAUUCUAUCUAUCAUAGGUUAAAGCAGAAAUCAAGAGAAUUUGAUCAAGAUUCAAUUGACUCAAUAAAUCAUGCCUCAAUCGAUUAUAAUCAAACAAUAUAGCAUCCAAAACUUCAUACAAGAAAGAUCCUAACACAUGGAACUAGGGUUCCUCAAAACCUAAGUGAAGGGAAGUUAUACUAUAUAGGAUAGAGAGACUGCAGAAAUCUGAUCUAGAUCUUCAAUCUCCAUCUCCAAGCUUGAUUCCCGAGCUCCAAUGGCAAAGAAAUCCUCCAAAAUAGCUCCAAGAAUGUUCCCAAGUCGCUCUCUCUCUCUCUAGGGUUCGUCCCUUGGGUGUUUGGGAACAAAAAACCCAACCCUCCCCUUUCCUUUGGCUGAAAAUCGAGUUUUAAACAGAAAUUCCCGAUCACGCGGCCAGGCCACACGGCCGUGUGGCUUUCCCAGCUGCCCGUGUGAAGGCUCGGUGAUUUCCACACGGCCACGACCCACACGGCCGUGUGGAGUUCCAGGAUGCCCGUGUGGCUUGCUCAGCCUUUGUUUAAUGCUUUGUUUCUCCCCCGUUCGGACUCCGAAUCAGUCCCCGUUUGAUCCCAGACGCUCGUAGUCUCGUCCUAUUUCUUUUCAUGACAAGCUUGCAUGAUUCUUUGUCCAUAAAGUGAGGUAGAAGUCCAUUCUCCUUCAGGUCAUGCCCGAGUUUCUUCUCCCGAAUCGUCAAUUGAUCUCUGAUUGAUUUGAAACUUGCGCCUAUGCUUCACUUUAUGUGAUUGGAGCUGAAAUGUGACAAAGAACACAACCUAGCAUAAAAUAGGACAAAGAAG